AUGGCGCGCCGCACGAUUUUGGACGUGCCACCCGAGUUGCGCGUAAUGAUUUGCCAAUACCUUGAAUUCAGAGAUCUCUUCAGUCUGAUCAGGUCUCAUCGAAACAUUCACGAAUAUGCAGUCGACGCUUUGUUUCGUCAAGACGCCUUGACGCGCAACUCUUCCGCCAUCAUGUGGGCGGCCAGCGCCAGCGGCGUCUCUGUGGAAUAUGGGAACAUGGCUAUAAAGAUCUUGGACCGCAGCAUCAAGAAUAAGGGAAAGGUGGACGCCCGCCACUACAGAAAAAACGCGGUUUCUACUGCGCUUCACGUCGCGGUGGCUCAUGGCCAUAAGAACUUUGUCGAAAAAUUGAUCUACCACGGUGCAAGUAUCAACAGCUUUAGUCUUCGACUCUGGGAAUUCUUGAGCAUCGGCAGAUUCAACGAGAAAUUGGACUCUGGUGCAAGACUGAGAGACUUUGCCAGAAGGGCCAGAAUACAUGAUCAGUGCUGGUUCCCUUUAUUACCUGCCAUGUUUCGACACGAUUUCCAAGUCGCUCAGUUGGUGCUCGAUCACCACAGAAGUUGCUACCUGGCCAUUGAACCCAAGUAUCUUCAUGUGCCUCCUUUACGCAAAAUUCCAAAGAUCAGUGCUGCAUACACGAUUCAUCAUCUUCUUGUGGAGGAAAACGUAUUCCCCGAUCUUCAUGAAACUCUCUUUCACCGUUUCCACGCCCACGCAGCUUUCCCAGGACCGGUUUCGCGCAUGUCUCCACUGAUGAAGGCAAUCAGAAAGGGAAAUGAUGCAGCCAUCAGAAUUCUCAUCUCGCUCCCUCAAGACCUCAAUGUUGUUUCGAAACUUGGAUGGCCCGCGCUUUCCUACGCAGUCGAAGGGGCUGCCACGCAGUUCAUGCCCAAAGCGAGAGACUGGAGCGCAUCAGUGGCCAAACUCCUCCUGGAAAAGGGUGCGAAUGCGAACAUGGGCAGCCCUUCUUCUCCUCUUCAAUUGGCCGUCACUUCACUAGUCAAAGACAAGAUCGAGGUCGACGCUGGACACCAAAAGCGGAUGAGGCAGGUUGUUGAAGUCCUGCUAGAUUACGGCGCAGAUGUGAAUGCCGCCAUGGCGGCCGGGUACAACCUCAGCCAUUACAUGUUCUUUGUGAUGGUAGCCGAUAGCAAACGCCAUUCGUUCCGCAAACUUUUUGCGCAGUUCCUAGGGUAUGGAAUGCGCGUCAAUGACUUAUUUCCAGACGGGACGUCCUUUCUCGGAAAUGCUCUCGCUUCCUCAGUUAUAAGCGAGAAAAUUACGGUUGGAAUGCUGGAUCAUGAUGCUCGGCCUACACCACAGGAAUCCGACGGCAUUUUGCAUGGUUGGCUGGUCAAAGACAAGAAUUUGUCAAAGAAAUUGGAGAGUCACCUUCCUGUGCUCUCGCCUAUGUUCUCGCAGCCUGCAGUUGACCGGGCUUUUCUCCAGAUCAUCGAAAGCCAUGAUGUAAAACGAUUCGAGACAUUGUUUCAACUGAGAAAGCCAAGCAACCCGAGUCUCAUGCUCGGCAUAGCUCUUAGGAAACACUUUGCGCGUCGCGAGGAUCUUUAUGUGCUCCCCUUUGACCCAAACUGGAUGAAUAGCAACAGCCAAGGGUACUCACACAUUGUGAUUGAAGAGCUACGAGUUGGUGCAUACAAUGAACGCGAGGCAAUUGCAGAAAUGAGUCGUCUUAUCGCCAAGGGAGUGAAGCUUGGUCAGCGGGAUCAUGAGGGGAUGACGGUUGUGCAACGACUGUCAAAGAUCCAGAGAUUGUCGAAAGACGAAGACCCCUUUGGGAAAUUGGAGAGACUGCUGACUCGUUCUCGACUUAAAGAACUAGGCAAUGAGUUUUAG